UCUCCGCCAAUCGUUUUGUUUUCUGUACGGGUGACGGAACGAUAAUUUUCUGACGUAGCCUAUUUGCAACAGGUUGCGCGAUAGCAGCAGUAGGAAUUUAUGUCUACAGUAUAUUUUUCAUGUCUUAAACAGCAAGAUAAUUAACACAACCUAAGGCGCAGAUCUGAUAUCCCGCCUUGACCUCCAUUGCAGAGUCACUGAGUGUGUGGUAUUCUUUGCAGUCUCAUACAAGGGCAGAGAUUGCAAAAUUCAAGCAACAAAUAACUGCCACAGGUCUCCCAUAGCUCAACAAAGAAGACAACAUGGCCACUCUUUCCACAGACAGAAAGCCUCCACUGGACUAUGGCGUUCAGAUCCGCUUCAUUAAGGACCUCCACGACACAGGCGGCGGCUACCCCGAAAAGACUAAAGCGGGCACCAGCAUCGCCACUCCCCCCUCCAACAAGUACGGCGUGGCAGUGAGGGUACAGGGCAUUUCUGGACAGCCCUAUGUUGUGCUGAAGGAUGGGGAAAAGGGAGACUCAUAUGGUGUGCAGCUGAAGACGCAACAGGCCCAGCCUCAGAACCCCAGUUCUGGCGAAUCUUCUCCCUACUACAGUCUGCCCUGGAGGAAGGAAGGAGGGGCCGUCCGGAACCCUUACGACCAAACUGGACAACCAGUGGUUGGAUCUCCAGUGUCCCCCCCAGAGGAUGAGGCUGGGGAUGACUUCAGGAGUCCUUUCAAGAGACCUCCAGGGGACGGUCAGGCUGGGAGCCAAGGAGAGGGUGAAGGUGGGCCCGGGUCGGAAGGACGGAUUGAGAGGGUAAGGAUAAAGCUCAAGGAAGAACCCCGACCCACAGCAGCAGAACCAUACCUUGUUCCCAAUGUGGCAGAACCUGAACCCAAAGCUGUAAAUGGAGUGUAUAUGAAGGAGAGUGUUUGGGUCAAAGGGGAAGAAUUGAAUGAGGCAGGCCUCAAACCUUUAAGUCCCAGAGGGGCCAGUCAGAGUAAGGUGGGGCUUGGUGACUCGCUGGGCAGAGAUGGCCUUGAUUUGUCAUUCCCUGAUCCUCCACCUCCAGUCGUGUUUAGUGAGGAGCAUUUUCCAGCCAUUGACAAGACCUCCCUGGCUCCCAUCAACAAGCUGAUUAACAAGUUCAACAGUGGCACUCCCACUGGACAGACUAGGGGGCGUUCUGUAGCAAAGCAGCAGCUCCGGUUUGAUGAACGCAAGCGGUCGAGAAGUCUGGAUGCUCGCAAGGAAGAUUUUUGUCCUGAUGUCACCCCUCCUCCCCCAACUCCCAACCCUUAUGCCUCCUCCCCCAUUUCUUUCUCCACCUCAUUAUCUACGUCAUCCAUGCCUCCGUGCAGUAGCCUGGGAAGGAGCUCCACCUCAAUUACCAAGGUGACAGCCCGCCCUGGCCCUAAGCCAAAUGCCAUGAAGUCACCAGCAAAGUUGGCUGUCAAGGAGCCCCGUCCUUUCAUACCGCCAAAGAAGCCCGAGAUGCCUUCCCCACAAAGGGAUCACAGAGGUCAGAAUGAAGAGAUCAUCAGUAGACAAUCCCAAACCAAACAAGCUGCCAACAAUGUCCUGAAAGAGGGGACCACUGAGAGUGUUGUCAAGCAGAAGGACAACCUUACCUACAGGAUGACUAGCGGUGCUGCGGUACGGCUCAAAGUUGGUCCGCGGACAACUGAGUCUGAUGGGAAUCUUAAGAAACAGUUGGAGCGGAGCCAGAAUGAGAACCUCCUGCUUCAGGAGCAACUAGAGCUCAACAAGACUGAACUACAGCAUGCCCAAGAACAGCUGACUCAACUGCAGCUGGCCAGGGAGAGGCUGGAGUCUUGCGUGCAUCAACAGGAAGACCAGCUGGCGGAGCUUCAGGAAGAGCUAAGGAGAGUGUCUGAGAACACGCCGCAGACCGACUCACUUGCCCUGCAGAUGGAUGUGAUGUCAUUGCAGGCCGACUUGGCCGAAGCGGCCUUGCUGCACCAGCGCCAGGAGGAAGUGCUGCGUCAGAGGGAGAGGGAGCUGACGGCUUUAAAAGGGGCGCUUAAGGAGGAGGUGGCCUCCCACGACUGUGAGAUGGAAUCCCUCCGGGAGCAGUACAGCCGGGACAUGGAGGCCCUAAAGACCACCAUGGAACAGGUUACACAGUCCCAGAAGCAGAUCGAAGAGGAGAGGCAGAGAGUGAAUAAUUCCAUGCAUGGUCUGGAGGAGGAGCUGGAGAGCUGCAAGAACAAGGGAGGCCAGUGGCAGGAGCAGCUGAAAUCUACCACCAAGGAGCUGGAAGGCGCCAAGCAGGAGUACGUGCACUGCAGCAACAGUAAAACACUAUUAAGGGCACGUUUGGAGAAGGAAGAGUUUGAGGGCCAACUGAAGGAGCUUCAGGAGUCACUGAUGUCCAUGAAGAAACCAAUACCAGGCUUUGACGAAACUGACUCGAUUGCAGAAGUUCGAUCAGAGCUCAACAAACAAAAGGUUAAAUUCCGUGAGAUGGAGGAGGAGCUUCAAGCUCUGAGGAGAGCAAGCCAAGUGCGGGAGUCUGAGCUGAGAUCAGAGAUUGACAGGCUGAAGGACCAGUCACAGAGGGAGAAAGAGGAGCUUGAGAUGUCCCUCGAGAGGGUUAAGCAGUCAUCUGGUGGGUCCUCACCAUUGGAUCAUGAGAGUCUGGAGCUUCAGGAAGCCAACACAAGACUGAGAGAGCGACUGGCCCGAAUGACACUGCUUCAGUCAAGUGUGUCUUUGAGCUCUGAGACUGAGCAGGCCCUGGAGGAUGAGAACCGCUCCCUGAAGUCCCAGCUGGAGGAGACCAGACGAGGAGCCUCCCGUCUGGGCAAGGAGAGGGACGAGCUGAGCCAUCGGCUGGAAGAAAGGGAACUUGAGAGAGAUGCGUUGCGUAGGGGCAAAAGUGACCUGGAAGAACAAAAGAGACUGCUUGACCGGGCCCUGGAGAAAAUCAACAAGGAGAUGGAGGUGAUGUUGGCGGAUUCCCAUCAGUCAGUACAGGCUCUGCAGAGCCAGCUGGAUGAGUACAGGGAGCGUUCCAGGAGAGACUUACUGGAAGCCCAGCGCCAGGGGAAAGACAGGCUGGCAGAGCUACAGAGGGCCCAGGCCAACCUGAAAACACUGCAAGAAGAGGUGUCACGUCUGAAGAAGGAGCUCCUCGCAUGUGGGGAGGAGAGAGACAGCGCCCAGCUGGAGAGAGACUUGCUCAGCAGCCGCUUCAAACACCUGGAGAGUGAACUGGAAUCUGAGAAGAGCUCUCAAGUAGACCGCAACAGAGAAAUCCGAGGUUUGGAGGACAAAGUGAAGACGUUGGAGAUCGAACUGGAAGAGGAAAAGGGCAGCGUAGAACUUCUGAAUGAUCGUGUUGCCCGCAGUCGAGAACAGACUGACCAGCUGCGUACCGACCUGAUGAAGGAGCGCUCAACCAUACAUGACCUUGAGAUGGACAAAUGUGCUCUAGAGAGACAGGUAAAAGAAUUAAGGUCCCGUGUGGCAGACCUGGAGACACCGACCCGUCCCUCAGCUGGAAUCACCAUGUUGGAAAGCAAAGUCCAGGAGCUGGAAGAUAGGCUACACAGUGAAGAGCGGGAAAAGCUGAGUAUCCAGUCCUCUCAGAGGAGGGUAGAGAGGAAGCUGAAAGACAUUAUUGUCACCCUGGACCAGGAGAGGAACCAGCACGCUGAGCAACGAGACCAGCUAUCCCUGCGUGUGAAGGCUCUGAAGCGUCAGCUGGAUGAGAGCGAGGGGGAGGUGGAGCGGCUGGAGGCGGUCCGCCGGAAGGCUUUCAGGGACCUUGAGGAACAGCAGGAGUUGCAGGAGGCGUUGCAGGCCAAAGUAGCGGUGCUGGAGUCUGAGAAGCGGAAGGGGCAACAGACACGACGAUCUGUUCUUGGCUCUUCCACCUUCAGCUCAGAGGAUGAGGACAGUUUCUAUGACAACAGCAUUUCCUCCAUCCUUACUGAAGCACAGCUACAGACAAGCAACUGCUGAAGUGGGAGGGGAAUACUAAGAGAGAAUAAGAAGCUUUUCUAGAUUACAGAAAAUGGAAAAUUUUCUUUAUCUGGUAUGAGAAAGGCCUUCCAGACAUGAAGGAAAUGACGUAACACACCAAGCACUACCAAACUUCCUCUUUUUUUUGGUGGGGGGAUUAAUCUUUUUAUUUCCCCCUGGGUAAAAACAAAUGACUUUUUCUAGAUUCAUAGCAACAUAAAGUGUCUUAAAUGUCACUCUAUUGCCUUUCUAUAGCACUACUUAGGGAACAGGGUGCCAUUUGGGAUGAACAGGUACACUUGGAAUCCCAGGGUUUUGUCUAUCACUCAACUUGACUUUAACAUUUUAUAAGAACACAUGCCUAAGGGUUAUUGCACCUUGACAUGUCACUGAUAUCUACUGUGGUGUAAUGGACUCAACAAAAUGGGGUGGCAGUGUAGUACAUUGGGGUUUAAAUGUAGUGCAUAGUUUGGAUACUUGGUAAGCUAUUUCACACGCGCUUGCACACAAUGCACUGUUAAUUCUGAUACAUGCUCCUUUAGAAUUGUGAAGUGGCAGGUAUCGGACACUUGUUUCUAAGUAGUGUUAUUUUCUGUACACUGUUGUUGUAUCUACUUGGGCAUGUAAAGCCGUACUGUAUUUUUACUGGGGCUUCUAGGGCGAGCCAGGUGCUCACUUAAACUACUUUUCGGUUUUUUGGCCUAGUUUACACAGGUAUCAGUUGAGGUCUUGUAUUCACUAAUUGGUCUUUUAACCUGUCAGAACAGCUGUGCAAAGAACUAAUGUAAAAAGAUCUCAUCUGGUUAGUCAGAGAACCUGUUAAUGAAAAAGGUCUGUAUUGGGUGGCAUAUUUAAAUGCAACCUAGGUGUCUAAAUGAAGUGACGUUAACGUUUUUUGUUUGUAAUCUUUGACUGUUCUGUGAAAAAGGGCUGUCUACUUUUGGCCCUGCACCUUUUCACUCUUCAAGCUUUAUAUACCAGGUAUUGGGGACAAUCAGCGACAUUAGAGGUGUCACGCAAUUGACUUGUAUCUUGUUAGUUUUGUACUUGAUUGGUUAAUUUGGUAUUGGUUAGGACCUCACCUUAUCUCUGAGGCACACUAUAAAGCAGGUUCAAUGAGAUGGCCAACAGACUUUGCUAAACCACUCAAAAUAUGUACAGAUGUAAUAUUUCAUUAAAAAAAAAAAUUUGGUUUGGGUGUUGAGUCAUUUUGACUGAUCUACAAGAAAAUAUUUUUGUUAUUUACAAAUAUUUAAAGUGGUAAGGUUGUCUGACACAUCAAUCUCUGUGGUAUGCCCUUAUACUUGUUUAGGUAUUACUUGGGUACAAAUUAAAAGACAAAAGUCAGCUGGCAGUCGGACCUCCAGGAAUUCAGUUUGACACCUGAGCUACCUACUCACUGGUAUGUAGCUUAUCCUGGUUGAAUCCUGGUCCAUUAUUCUCCUUCAUAUACCUUUCACCCAUUUUCUGCUUCCAAGUGUUUCUUUAUAGUUGUUUAUAAGUAUUUAUCCUGCUUGGUCUGUGCAUGUUUUCACUCAAAUGCCUUAAACUUGUUACUGUAACUGUACUUUUUCUAGAUGCUACUAUUGUUGUUUUAUAUUAUUAGAAUAUUUUCUCUGGAUGCUGCUGCAACUUAUAUUGUGUUUUAUUAGCUUGUCAGGGCAUGAAUCUGUUAUACUGACAGAGGAAUCUUAAGGCUUGACUGUAAGCAGUUGUAUGUUUCUUCAACUCCUGCCUGCCUGCUUGCCUUUUUAGUGAAUGCAUAAUCUUAUAUCAAAAUGUUUCUUGAGUACAUUUGCUGAGAUUUUACCUUUUGAUUGUAAUGUGGUACUUUUCAGGUGUCUUUGUGGGGCAACUUUUCCCAGAAUGUUUUACCAGCCUUUUGAAUCUUUGUAUCAAAUAAAAAUUGUUGGCCUUGUG